AUGACUGUAAAUAAUGUGUUUUCAGAGCGACAAAUCUCCCUAGUUACACCAUUGGAGGACAUCGCAGUGCCUGAAGGUGCAGAUGCCAUUUUUACCUGCACCUUCGAACAAUGCCCACCAAAUUCUUUCAUCUUUUGGUAAAAUAUUUUACAAACAUUUUUGACUACUUUUAUCAUAAAACUAAACUGAUUAAUUAAACUUUAGGUCAAAGGAUGGACAACGUUUUAGCACUGUAGGCAACAAAAAGUACAUCAGUAAUCUGGAAGACGGUGUCGCCACUCUCAACAUCACUAGUGUCCAGUCGGAUGACAGCGGACUUUACAAAUGUGAAGUCGAAGAUAAGGAGAACAAAUGCUGGUCAGAAGCCGCCCUCACCGUAACAGUAAGUUAAGCCAACACUUUACGAACCUCUUUUUAGAAGCAAACAAAUCAACCUGAGUUAAGUGACAUCAAGAUUGGAGAGGAUGCCCAGAAAGAUUCUAAACAAACAUCCCCCAAGGGUACAAAACCAAAGAAAGUCCUUAAGAAAAAGUCCGCAAAGCCAGCCCAGAGUGAAAGGGACGGGCAAGUAGACAGUGAAAGCUCGAAGGAAUCGCCAGAGGAAUCAGAAAAAGAGGAUCAACAGGCCAAAUUGGAUCAAAAUGAGAAGUCAGAGCAAAAAGUAAAGCAUGCAGCCAAGAUUCUGGAGGAUCUUGAAAAUGUAGAAGUGAAUUCAGAAGAAGAAUUGGUACUUAAAGUAGCCACAACUCCUGAAGAAUGGACUGAAGUUAAGUGGCUUCAUAAUGGAGUCAGAAUUCGGAACACCGAUAAAUAUAGCCUCGAGGAAAGAAAAGGUAAGCAGUCUGAAGGAAUAAGUAAUAGUAUCCUUUAGACACCCUCGCGUUGAAAAUCAAAAAUUGUUCCCAUGAGGACAAAGGAGAAUGGAGGUUAAUCAUUAAGACCGGAACUUCUUCGUUGGAGACCUCUUGUUUUGUUGACGUUAACGUCGAAGAAAACACCCCUCCUUCUUUUACCGUAAGGUUUUGUAAAAAUUACGACUUUAAAAAUCCCUAAUAUUUAAUUCAAAUAUUGUUUGCAGACCGAAUUGGAAGAUCAAUCAUAUGUUUCUGGAUGCAUGGUGAUGCUAAAAACGAUCGUCCGCGGGAAACCAACUCCCAAGAUAACCUGGUAUAAGGACAGCGAGAAGUUGUCAAACAGUGGAGACUACCGAAUUGUGGAUAACAUCAACUCCCACAUGCUGACAAUUCUAGAGACAACGACCUCGAAUGCCGGAGAGUACGAGUGUGUGGCAAAGAAUGUUAAUGGCAAGGCCGUCACCAAAUCAAAGAUAACAAUAACAGGUAAAAUUCAUAUAAAAGGGUUGAAAUUAAAUUUAGAUAAAAAAGCGAUCAAGGAAAACGAAGACGAAACCCAAGCGCCGAUCGUAAGACUGCCUUUGUUGCCAGUCAGAGAGCUUCCCGAAGCUUCAGAGAUUAAUCUGGUAUGUACUGUUACCGGAAUACCACCACCAAAAAUUGAAUGGUUCAAGGAUGACGAAUUGGUUACAUUUGCUAACUUCAAGGUAGGUUAUAACGAAUUUCCACUUUAUAUUCUACAGUACGACAAUGGAAUCGCCACCCUAAACAUUCCCGAAGCCAAGCUUUCACAUUCCGGAAUCUACACAUGUGUUGCCAAAAACAGAUUCGGCACAGUCAGAUCAUCCGGUGUUCUUUACAUUCAACGUAAGCUCUCAUCAAAACUAAUUAAAUGCUGUUUAGCCAAACCAAACGACGCUCAAAGGGCGCCAAAGUUUGAGGAAUUGCUAUACAAUUCUACCAUCGAAAAGGGACGGGAGUUAUCCUUGGUUUGCAAGGCCUCAGGAAAGCCGCAACCCACCAUCACAUGGUUCAAGGAUGGACUCAAAAUCAUCGCCAACCAUCGGCUUGUUCAGUACACGGACAGAAGAGGAGUGGUCAGAUUAAAUAUUAUCAAUGUCAACGAUGGAGAUGCUGGAGAAUAUUCAUGUGAGGCCGAGAACGGAUAUGGAAGGGACUUCACCCACUGCAGUGUGAAAGUGGUAACAGACAAAGAAGUUUCCGAAAAGCCAGCAAUUACUAGCCAGGCUCCAAAGUUGACCCGAUCAUUGGUCGAUUCGAAUGUCCAUGAAGGAAACAGAAUCAUAUUCGAAUGUGAAUUUGACUCAGCUGAAACACCUAAAGUCCAAUGGUACCACAACAAAGAAUUGAUCGAAGACGAAAAGGCCCUAAGGACAUACUUUGAUGGAAGAUUGGCUAUCUUGAAAGUUUUCGAAGCCAGUCAAUCUCAUGCCGGUGUCUAUGAAUGCAUCGCUUCAAACAAAUAUGGCGAAGUAAAAUCCACUGCUAAAUUAAACGUGGAACGGACGAACGGUUCGGAAGAAUACCCACCCAAUAUGCCCGAAUUCGACGUUCCCAUCAAAGAUACUACAGUAAUGGAAGGAGAAGAUGCCCUGUUUACCUGUAAAGUCAAAGGUGCCUUGAAUCCGACGGUGCAAUGGCUAUUCAACGGAAGUGCCGUUGUGGAAUCAAUGCUGAUUUCAGCGUCAUCAAAUGAUGAAACUCACUCUUUGACGAUCAAAAAUGUCACCGUUGCAAACGCGGGGGUCUACACCGCCAUUGCUAAAAACAUUUACGGUGAUAUUCAUUCUUCAGCCGAACUAAAAGUCACAAAGGGUGGGUUUCAAUCAAAAUAUUCUUACUAAAAAGAUUUAGACGAGACCGAGUCUUUGGUUGCCCCUACAUUCUUACAUCCAUUGCAUGAUAAAACUGCCAUUUUCGGAGAAAAUGUUUCUCUCAAAUGCAGUAUCGAUGCCGUGCCAACACCUAGUGUAAUAUGGGAAAAGGACGGAAAAGUCGUUCAAGCAAGCAAACGGUUGAAACUCGUUCAAGCAAACAAUGUAUACGCACUAAAGCUAUAUGAUGUGACUAUGAGUGAUGCAGGGAAUUACAUGGUAGGGUUUCUCUUCUUAAUUACCUCUCCCUUUUGCAGAUUACCAUCACAAAUCCUAAGGGAUCAGCAACUUCUGAGUGUGCACUGAUGAUUGCCACUGAGAGUGGGGCCGAUUCCCAUUUAGUAGCCGGAGAAAGUGAUACCAAUAAACCAGAGUUCAUUGUCAGACCACCAGAAGAAGCCUCGGUUUCCGAGGGAACUCCGAUUGAACUCCAUGCCAGGGUCAACGCAUACCCGACAGCUACGGUUAAAUGGUUGAAAGAUGGGAAGGAAAUCGCUAGAACCAAUCGGUCUUAUCACACCCGUGUCUCCGGCGACGGAGAAUAUGUUCUUCUGAUAGAAUGUGCCAUUCUUAAAACCGCGGGUUUGUUUUCUUGUUUGGCCGUAAAUAAGCAUGGCCAAGUCCAAUCAGAUACGCGACUCAAAGUGAAGAAGAGAAGUAAGUUUUGUCAUCAAGAUUUCAACUUCUUUUCAGCGUCUUUCAAAAGCACUGGCAAUGAGCAAUCACCAAUAUUCACGGCCGAGCUUAAAGAAACCGCCGUGAAGAUUGGGAUGAGCGCCAGUUUUAACUGUCAAGUCACCGGGAAUCCCGAACCAACGGUGUCCUGGAUUUUCAUUGACAAUCACGGAAACAAGCAGAUAUUGGAAUCUGGAAAAAACGGAUGGAAAUCUGUGAAGAAUGGAGGAAUCUAUGAGAUCAGAACAGAUGCCGCUGUAAAAACACAGGAAGGAACGUAUCAAUGUACUGCUAGAAAUAAAGAAGGCUCGUCUGUCACCUCAGCCAAACUAAUUGUCAGCGAUGGAGAAGGUGAAAUUGGCGCUCCAAGAAUAAUCGAACCUUUGAAAGAUAUUAAUGUGGCGGUCGGAGGAAAGUCUUGUUUUAGAAUACAAAUCGUGGGAACACCACAAAGCAUAGAGUGGUCACACAGUGGAAAGAAAAUUGCCGAGGAUCACCGACGACAGGUAAGUGAUCAGAAGGGAACGUAUGUAUACGUCAUAAAUUCAAUUUUAGAUCCGUCAACCUAAACCCUUCUUUUAUGAACUCCUUAUUUACCCUACCAAAGUCUCGGACGUUGGAAGUUACUCAGUUAAGGUUACAAGCAGUCAUGGAGAAGUGUAUUCAGAAGCCAUCUUGAAUGUGAUGCCGGGUCUGAAUCCUCCAAGCCCUCAACCUAUGAAAUCCCCAUUAAAAUCGCCGUUAAGCCCAUUAUUUCAAUUAAUGUCAGAACGGGAAGAGAUGAAAGAGCCCAGACUGAAUGUGAAGAGAAAAGGCGCGGCCCCGGACUUUGUAGUCGGACUUCAAGACAUUGAAGUGGCGGCCGGAGAUGUAGCGGCGGUCGCCGGAAAGCUUCAACCGAGAAGUAAGUCCUUUCGGAGCAUUGAGUAUCAAACGACUGAGUAUCUUGAGAAAUGUCAUAAAAAACACAUAAAUUCUAAACAACCGCAUUUUAAGAACGGAGACACAAACUGUUCGAAAAGCGCAACCAAGACGACCCUAAGGCAUUGACCGGAUCCUUGGUGGCCCGUUUGAGUAAUGAAAAUGAAGAACAAACGGACUACACACCACAACAUCAACGUCCCAAUACCAGUAAGUGACGUCCAAUGUAAUUAUCCCGCUAUUAUUUAGCAUUGGCCGAAAUCGGGAAGACCAUCGCCUUGCGGAAUAAGGAGCCCUGUGCUCCCAAAUUCUUUGUAAAACCCAAGCCAAAAACAGAAAUUGAGGAAGCCAAGUCGUUACGUCUUAAAGCCGCCAUCAGUGGAAACCCAAUCCCCGAUGUUCGCUGGGACAAGAAUGGAGUGAUUUUAGAGACCGGUAACAAAUUCUCAAUUUACAACGACGGGGACCUCUAUUUCCUCGAAGUGCAUCAGUUAAGUUCGUUUGACCAAGGCUUCUACAACUGCACGGCCACGAAUCACAAUGGGUUGGCUACAUUCACGACACAGUUAAUCGUUAUACCGAGUGAUGAAAGUCCUGUUUCUGACCUAAAGAAACGCCUGAAGAAACAGCCAGUGCCUGUCUCUUUCAUUGAGGUUUUGCCGGGAAGACAAAAGGUAAUUUCGUGGGGAGCUGGAUGUUAUAAAUAUGUAAACAAUUUUUGCAAAAGAAAAUUUUUGAAAAUUUUGUCUUACUUUACAUUCUGAUAGUAUUGCAAUUUCUUCAAUUUAGGCCAACGUCGGAGAGGAAUUUACAAUGGAAUGCAGUGUAGCCGGCUACCCAGCCCCCAGUAUCACUUGGCAGAGAAAUGGGACCACAUUGGUACCCCAGAGAAAUAAGUGUCAGAUGUUCUUCGACGGGGAAUCCGCUACAAUCCGCUUUGUUUCCUUGUCUCCAACCGAUGAAGGAACUAUUGUCUGUGUUGCAGAAAACCCCUCAGGAAAGAUUCAGACCCAGACAUAUCUGGAAGUGACACGGCCAGACGAUCUCAACACCAAUGUUCCCAAAUUUCGGGAAACGAAGGCCAGUUACCAGAAGGUGGUCGAUGGGACGCCGUUAACUAUCGAGACUGCUCUUCUUCAGGGUACGUAAAAAACAACAGUGAAAAUUGGAUAAAAUUGUAUAAAAGACGUUUAAUUUAUAUACGUAAUGUUUUAGGUGUUGAUCCAAUUACCUUCAAAUGGCUGCAUGAAAAUGUCACUCUCGAAGAUGGUCAUGGAUUCAAAUACGGCCGUAAUAAAGAAAAAAUUACCUUAACAAUUGCCGACCCAUUCCCUGAGGAUUCUGGGGAAUAUCUCUGCGUCGCUGAAAACGCACACGGAUUGGCGACAAGGAAAGUUCAAGUAACUAUCAGGGACACUAUCAAGUCCCCACUCGUUCAAAAACAUCCCGUGCUUAAUGCAUUGACACCUGUUAUUCAUGGAACCCCCGGCUCUUCCGUAGAACUUGUAGCCGAAUCCUCCGGCUCCGAAGCCGUCAUUUCUUGGUAUCACAAGGAAAAACAGCUCUUAGCCAGCGAAAAACACGAGAUGUUUAAUGUUACGAACAAACAUACAAUGCGAUUACAUGAAUUGGAGAAAUAUGACGAAGGAAUCUACAAAUUGUUGGCCAUGAACAACGUUGGACUGGCUGAAGCCGAGUUCAUUGUAAAUCUUCAGGACAACGUAAAGUCAAGGUAAAUUAUUUUAAGAUUACCUUCUUGGGUUUGUUGUCGAAAAAGUUAUUCUAUAACGCUUUUUUAUUUAGGGCUGGCAAAUCGCCCAAUUUCACCAGGAAAUUGCCGUCAUCAAUUAGCUGCUCGAUUGGGGACACGGCUACAGUAUCCUGUGAAUUUGAGGGUGACCCCAUUCCCAAGGUUUGCUGGUUCAAGGGAAGCAAACUACUCCAACAGAAAGAUAAUCUUUACAUCGAAACCACACCAACCAGUACCCAGUUGUCCGUUUAUUUGGAGGACAAAUCGUCUCAAGGAGAGUAUUUGUGCACCUUGAGGAAUCCAUUCGGUGAAGAUCUAAGCAGUUUCAAAAUUAUUUUAAACUGUAAGUAUUACUGGAAUUUUUUUAUGUCUGUUUGUUAGUCCAAUGUGUUCAUUUAGUCGUUUCAGUCCUCCAUAUGUGUGUUGUCCGUACCAUGUACACCAACGGCAAUCUUUAUGUACAGAAGAAUAUUUUGAAUCCUUGUCUUGCAUAA